CAAGUUCUACUUUCUAUCGUUAUUCCUUACUUCAUGGGCCAGUUCAUGGAAAACCUAACAAACUAACCUAACCAAUAAAUCUAACCUAAAUCUAACCUAUAUCGCCCAAAGAGGUUGUGAUUAAUUUAUAUGAAAAUAAUUUUCAUAUAAAAAUCAAUUAUUGCACAGUUUCACGAAUUGUAGUUAUAUAAAUAAUUUAUAAUUAUUGUAAAUAUAUAUUUAUUUCUACAUAAAGCGCAAGUAUUUAACAUGAUUAGGCUGUUUCGAUUAGCGCGAACUUUUUCUCGUUUAUCGCAAAUAAGAUGCUCGUCGCGCAGCUUAGAAAAGAAAACGGAUCUGUAUCGUCAAUUAUAUGCAAAAAUAUUGGCGUGCGGUCCCAUAACGCUCGCCGAAUACAUGAAGGAGAUCUUGAUCCAUCCUACUGCGGGUUAUUACACAACUAGAGACGUUUUCGGGCAAAGAGGCGAUUUCACAACUUCUCCAGAAAUCAGUCAACUUUUUGGAGAAAUUGUAGCAAUUUGGAUAAUCAGCGAAUGGAGAAAAAUUAGCAGGGAUUCUAUUCAACUCGUGGAACUAGGUCCAGGAAGAGGUACCUUGAUCAGUGAUAUCAUACGGGUGUUCAAGAAACUAAAUCUCUCAAAUAAAAUAUCGAUUCAUCUGGUAGAAAUUAGCCCUGUUUUGGCUGCGAUUCAAGCAGAGAAAUUGUGCACAGAAAGCAGAGAUAUUGAGCCAAGAGUCAAUGAAGACCAAAAGAAUUCUGUCACUCAUUAUAAAGAGGGUGUUACGAGAGAAGGAGUAAAUAUAUAUUGGUAUUAUUCUAUCAACGACGUUCCUGGAAAGUUCAGUGUAUUUGUAGCGCAGGAAUUUUUUGAUGCUCUCCCAAUACACAAGUUCCAGAAAACUGACAAAGGUUGGAGGGAAGUCUUAAUAGAUAUAGUGCAGGAAUCGCAGGAAGAGAGAUUUCGAUAUGUACUUUCGCAGGUGCCAACGGCUGCUUGUAAAGUGUACCUAUCUCCGCAUGAGAAAAGGGAUCAUGUGGAAAUGAGUCCACAGUGUUCCGUAAUAGUAGACCACAUGUCCCAAUUUUUAUGGGAACACGGAGGAUUUGCGCUGGUGAUUGAUUAUGGCCACGAGAGGGAAAAGACUGAUACAUUUCGCGCAUUCCGCCAACAUAAGUUACAUGAUCCCUUGUUAAACCCAGGAACCGCGGAUCUGACUGCGGAUGUUGACUUUUUACUAAUGAAAGAGAUUGCACAAAAAGAUGAUAGAUUAAUCGUGUUUGGUCCGGUGACGCAGAGAAAAUUCUUGAAAAGCCUCGGCAUUGAUUUACGGUUAAAAAUGAUUUUACAGAACGCAACUAGCGUUGAAAAAGAACAAAUUGAAUCGGGAUAUCGUAUGAUAACCGAUGACGAUAAAAUGGGCAAUUGUUUCAAAGUAUUGUCUCUCUUCCCCUUCGUCCUGAAAGAUCAUUUGAAAAAAUGGCCUGUGGCAGGAUUCGAAGAUGAAAGCGAAAUCAAAUCUUAAAUUUUUUAUUUUCAAGUAAUAUGAGAGAAACAGAGAGAAUUGUUUUUAUAUAUUUUUAGACAUUAACUAUAUAAUGACACAUACAGUAAACAUGUAGUGUUAAUUAUACACUGUACAGAAAAUUAAGAUAAAUUUAUUAAAAGAAAAAAAAAACGUUUAAAUUUAUAUAACUUCCGAGCAAAACGAUACUAAUAUAUAUUAAUAUAACUGACUGGGAGUGCGGCCUUCACGAAUGUCGGAAAGAUGUGAAGGGGCACGAACGGUCCAUACACGUGAGCUUGCUGGCACGUGGACGUCUUACUAUUAGUGAAAGGAACGUCACGUGCGAGUCAUUAAUAACUAAAUAAAUAAAUAAACGGUCACCAGUUCGAUGGUAAUGUUCAAAAAAUUAUCAUUGCAUUUAAGAAACUUCAUCGAUUCGACGUGUCUAUCCUGGAUUAAAAGAAAUUAUUGCUUUAACCGUUUGAUAUAAUAUUUUGCAGGUGAUUAGCUAUUAUGUAAGAUUUUACGAUUAUCGCGUGAUUAACAUUAGAUUCCAUAUUAUAGUCAAGAAAUAUGCAAACAUUGCAAACCAAAUGAAAACUUUAUUGUAGUCUUUAUUUCAAUAUUUUCUCCAUCGAAGUAAUUAUUUGAAAGAAUCCAGAGGAAGAACGUGAUAAACUUAUCUUGGAUCACGUUUUCCCCGUUUAUCACGUUUAUCACGUUUUCCCCGUUGUAGCCUCAUGUGAAAGAUCUUUUCUUUUUAUGUGAUACACGUGAGCAGUGCGCGAAUAAUAUCUGCAAUCUCGAAGUCCUUGACCCUUUUCUUCGCGACUUUACUUUUACUUAACGUUCCUCGCGUGUAUGCCCUAGUCCCCACUUCCGUAAACUCCUUUCGCUUUUUCCUAGCACCUAUCUCGGUGAGUCGAGCUAGACCAGGGACCGUGAUUCGCCGCAGAACGAAAGAGCAUAUCUUCGGUUUAUUAUCGAGACCAUCGCGCGAAUACUUUUGCAGCAGUGUCCAGAGCUUCUCUCAUCACGGUAGAAUGUUCGAAUACCGCGUAAGAUUGAACGUGUUAAUUAACGUAUUCUCUUAAACGGAAUCAGUGUAUUACCAUUGAAAUCCAGAAAAAUACGCGCAACAGUUAUAAGUUUACGCCGCAUUCAGCAGUUAAUAAUAGAGCAAUUCAAUUAGAGUGAUAUUAAAUGCCGGGAACAGUGAAAAAGCUUAAAAGUUAAAAAAAAGUAAAAUAUAUGAGCUUCUCAGAAACUAAAUUGCUCAAUUCUGUAAAAUAAGAUGAGAAAAUUGAGUGAAAUACUCACUGAAUUUUCGCAUUGUACUGUUUUAGUCGGCAAAAUUUUCACCGAGUCAGUUUGAAAGAGUGAUGCGAAACUAAACAUUUCAACUGUCGCAAAUG